GCUCCCGGCCCGCCAGCGGGCGCGCGCGUAGGCACCGACACAAGUCCUGUACUUUAGUUACAUUGUUGGUCGAGUUUUACCAACUCCCUCCGCCGCGGCGUUGCGCACACCCCGCGGGACUGGCUUGGCUCGGCUCUGCCUCCGGUGGCGUUUCGAAAGGCGCAGCUGCCUGCGAGGAGGAGGCGAGGCCGGGAGCGAGGCUCCGGAGCCGCCGCGGCGGGAGGGGGGAGGAGAGUCCCGGCCCCCCAUCCGCCAGCGCGACGCGGAGAGACGCGGAAGGGCCCUUCCAACCGGCCGCCCCGGGAUCCGCUUCCCUGCGCCUCUGGCUCGGCGGGCUCCGCAGCGGGGCCCUCCCGCCGCCGAUCGCCACGCCGAGCCGCUGGGCAUGAGUUAAACCACGGACAUGGACACCAAACAUUUCCUCCCGCUGGAUUUUUCCGCCCAAGUGAAUUCGGCCUCCUUAAGUUCUCCGACCGGCCGGGGGAGCCACAUGGGCACACCUGCCCUCCACCCCUCCAUGGGGCCCAGCCUUGGGGGCUCCUUGGGGUCGCCCAGCCAGCUCCACUCACCCAUCAAUGGCAUGGGGCCACCCUUCUCCGUCAUCAGCUCCCCAAUGGGGCCUCACGCCAUGUCUGGACCAUCCACGCCCGGCCUCGGAUACGGAGCUGGCAGCCCACAGCUCAACUCCCCUCUGAACCCCGUGAGCAGCACAGAAGACAUCAAGCCCCCCCUGGGAAUCAAUGGGGUACUCAAAGUGCCAAUGCACCCUUCCUCCGCCAUGCCCGCCUUCACCAAGCACAUCUGCGCCAUCUGCGGAGACCGCUCCUCAGGCAAGCAUUACGGGGUGUACAGCUGUGAGGGCUGCAAGGGCUUCUUCAAACGGACGGUGCGCAAAGACCUGAGCUACACUUGCCGGGACAACAAGGACUGCCUGAUUGACAAGCGCCAGCGGAACCGGUGCCAGUACUGCCGCUACCAGAAGUGCCUGGCAAUGGGCAUGAAGAGGGAAGGGAUGGAGCACCAUCCAUCCCGACCCACAAGACUCCCUGGAAGGCAGGAGCAACCAGCUGUCCAGGAGGAGCGGCAGAGAGGCAAGGACCGCAACGAGAACGAGGUGGAAUCCACCAGCAACGCGAAUGAGGACAUGCCGGUGGAGAAGAUCCUAGAAGCUGAACUGGCGGUGGAGCCCAAGACGGAGACCUACAUCGAAGCCAACAUGGGCCUGGCUCCUAAUUCGCCCAAUGACCCGGUCACCAACAUCUGCCAAGCAGCAGACAAGCAGCUCUUCACCCUGGUGGAGUGGGCCAAGCGGAUUCCCCAUUUCUCGGAGCUCCCACUGGACGACCAGGUGAUUCUGCUCCGAGCUGGUUGGAACGAGUUGCUGAUCGCCUCCUUCUCCCACCGAUCCAUCGCGGUCAAAGAUGGGAUCCUCCUGGCCACAGGUCUCCACGUCCACAGGAACAGUGCCCACAGCGCAGGAGUCGGUGCCAUCUUUGACAGGGUACUGACCGAACUCGUCUCGAAGAUGAGAGACAUGCAGAUGGACAAGACAGAGCUGGGCUGCCUGCGAGCGAUCGUCCUCUUCAACCCAGACUCAAAGGGCCUCUCCAACCCCGCUGAGGUCGAGGCGCUGCGGGAAAAGGUCUACGCCUCACUGGAGGCCUACUGCAAACAGAAGUACCCUGAGCAGCCAGGCAGGUUCGCCAAGCUGCUGCUUCGCCUCCCUGCCCUCCGGUCGAUUGGCCUGAAGUGUUUGGAGCACCUCUUCUUCUUCAAACUCAUAGGGGACACGCCCAUCGACACCUUCCUGAUGGAGAUGCUGGAAGCUCCCCACCAGAUGACUUAAAAGGACGCUGGGCCAGGCCAGCUGCUUUCCUCAGCCCAGGGGGCUGCGGCCACCCACCGGGACCUCCGAUCUGAGACCCGUCCUGCUGCCACCUUCCCCCCCCCCUCACCAUGCAAGGGAUGCUGCCUGCUCUAUCCAUCCCUCACGCCCCACACCUGGGAACGUUGGUGUGGCUGGCUUGGCCCUUUUGCUGCUUCCGCAAACCACUUGCGUCUGAGGACAAAUGGCUUUUGCAGAUGGGAGAAUGGCUCGGAUAGCAACCACGGCCUGCUUGCACUUGGGGCCCUCCCCCACCUUGGCUUUAGUGCCCCCCCUCCCCAGGUGCAAGAUGGUGAAUUUACUCCAACUCCUCCGGAAGGAUUUCAGGACUCUGUAAAGCCCCCUUUACUUAAGAAGAAGGGAUUGCGCUGGUGGGCACAGGAGAGGCUAGGAGGGUGGCCAGCUGCACCUGUAAACCUCCAGAGGUGGCACUUCCUGGGCAUGAGAUUGAGCAAGGCUGUCUCCUCAAGCCAGAGGUGGGCAGGGCUGCCAGGUGGGUUUCGCUGCCCUUCAGCUGCCCCUGCUGGCUUAUGCGGGCAAACAAGGUGGCCAGAGUGUCUUUGCUGGCAGACGGCAGGCUGAGCCACCUGGCAGGGUCUGGGCCAAGAGACCUUCCC